GCAACGUCUGACGCUGAGCUACCGGCCGCAUUGGCCUGUCAUUGCUGGACAGGAUGCGCAUAGAGGAGCUCAUACUCGAUGGCUUCAAGUCGUACCCUGUCAGGACGACAAUAUCAGGCUGGGAUGCUUCCUUCAAUGCCGUGACUGGCCUCAAUGGCUCAGGCAAAAGCAACAUCCUCGAUGCGCUCGUCUUCGUGCUCGGCAUCACGAAUCUGUCAAUAGUCAGAGCAGCGAAUCUGCAAGAUCUCAUCUACAAGCGAGGUCAAGCCGGCAUCACAAAGGCCUCUGUGACCGUCGUCUUUGAUAACUCAGACAGGGCCAAGUCACCGGUCGGCUUCGAGGGCUACAAACAAGUCGUCGUCACUCGUCAGGUCGCAAUGGGAGGCGUGUCCAAGUACUUGCUAUGCGGACAUCGAGCGACGCAGCAGACCGUCCAGAAUCUCUUCCAAUCUGUCCAGCUCAACAUCAACAAUCCCAACUUUCUCAUCAUGCAAGGCAAGAUCACCAAGGUUCUCAAUAUGAAGCCACAAGAGAUUCUCGGCUUGAUCGAAGAAGCUGCUGGCACGUCCAUGUUCGAAGAGAAGAAGGACAAAGCGAUCAAAACGAUGGCCAAGAAGGAAAAGAAGAUGGAGGAGAUUCAAGAGCUCCUAAGAGAAGAGAUCACUCCCAAGCUCGAUCGCCUGCGCGAGGAGAAACGGUCUUACCUAGCAUAUCAGAAAGCAGCAUCCGAGAUUGAGCGUCUGACGCGUCUUCUGGUCGCUUACGAGCACGUCGAAGCGACACAGCGCCUUGCAAAGCAUGCCGAAGCUACCGCUGCCAAGCAGGCCAAGCUCAGAGAAGGCAAAGACGACCUCAAGCGCAUGGCGACUGAACGCGCGCGCAUGGACAAAGACUUGCAAGAUCUCGUCAAGGCACAGAGCAAGAAGUCCUCUAAAAAUGGCGUCAUUGCCUCUCUCGAGGCGGAGAUCAAGGAGAUCGCUCGCGAGCUGGCCAAAGUGUCUCAGCAACUCUCGCUCAGUCGCGCGUCAGAAGCAGAAGAGUCAACUCGCAUGGAAGAGCUGAGAGUGAGCGUCAAGGAAGUGACAGGGCAGCACAAGAGAAGGAAGCUGCAAGCCGAAGAAGCCAAGGCUAGGUACUCGACCAACAAGGAAGCCUUCGACAAAGUCUCGUCAGAGUUGCGACAAGCAGAAGAACUUCUGCAGAACCUGGCAACGGGCGUCUCAUCUGCUGGCGUCGAGUCCGCCUCUGCUGGCUACCUUGGUCAGCUGGCAGCGGCCCGGGCUAAAUUGGCCAGCGUUGGCGCAGGGGCAGACCAAGCCGCGAAGCGAGUCGCUCACCUUACGAAAGAGCUGAAAGCAAAGGAACCGCGCGCUGCAAAAGCGCAGAGCGAGAGCAAAGGUCUGCUGUCUGAGCUGGCCGAUGCGCGCAAGUCUCGAGACAGCCUGCAGAAAGAGAUCGAUCGCUUGACAGUCAAUUCCGAGGACGUCGAUCGGUUGCGAGAUGACAAAGAUGAAGCUGAAAGGCAAGUCAGGACUUUGCUCGAGCAGCGCAAUACUGUCAAGUCAAAGCUUGCAAGUCUCGACUUUGUUUACACUGCGCCGCCUUCCUUUGAUCGCUCGAAAGUCAAAGGUCUUGUAGCUACGCUCAUCUCGAUCGAUCCGUCGAAGUAUCAGUAUUCCACCGCACUUGAGGUCUGCGCCGGUGGAAAACUCUACAAUGUCGUCGUCGAGACGGACAAGGCCGGCUCCGAAUUACUGGAGAAGGGCAAGCUGCAAAAGCGGGUCACCAUGAUACCGCUCAAUCAGAUCAAUGCAUUCCGCGCAACGAGCCAACAGAUUGGAGCUGCGCAGAGACUUGCGCCUGGCAAGGUCCACCUCGCGCUCGAUCUAGUGGGCUAUGAGGAAGAAGUGGCAGAAGCAAUGGCCUACGUCUUUGGUCGAACUCUCAUCUGUCCAGACUCGCAAUCUGCAAAGACUGUCACUUUCGACGCUAGCGUUCGGCUGAAGUCCGUCACUGUCGACGGCGAUGUCUAUGACCCGUCCGGAACGUUGUCUGGCGGCAGCAAACCGAAUACGAGCGGCGUGCUAGUCAAAGUUCAAGAGCUGCAAGACCUCGAACGACGCUUGAGCGAUGCCAAAGUUGUCGCAACUGAUGCAACGGCGGCGUGGAAGCGCGUCGCUGCAUCUUCCGAGAGACUCGAUAAGCUCAGCAGCCAGCUGGACUUAGCCACUCAUCGUGUCAGGUUGCUUGAAGAACAAGCAGAAGAGAGCGACGCCGCUCGACUUUUGAACGAGCUCGACGCUCUGCGAAAAGAGAUUGCGACGCUGAGCGAGACAGUCAGCUGCGUAUCUGGUAACAAGAAAGCAGUUCAGGCAGAGAUUGCGCGUAUAGAGAAGGAGAUGGCCGAAUUCAACAAUAAUAAAGACUCGAAGCUCAAAGAUCUCAAGAACGAUGUAGCGACGAAGAAGGCUGCUGUCCACAAGCAGGCAACUGCGAACAAAGCUUUACAAAAAGAGCUGCAGACGACCACGCUCGAGGUUGAGCAAGCCGCUGUCGAGAUCCAGGUUGCAGAGGCAGAACUUGCAGACGCGAUCAAAAAUCAGGGUAAAGGGAGCAGUCAGAUCAAGCGAUUGGGUGAGACCGUCGCAGCUCUGAGUGCUCAGCAAGCGGACAAGGAAGCGCUUCACCGAGAAGAGACGGCGAAGCUGCGUGCUCAUCGACGUGAGCUCGAAGAGCUUGAGAAGGCUGUCCAAGAGAAAGAGAAGGAAAUCUCGACACUCGAAGUCAAGCAGCAAGAACGCGAGCACGAUCUCGAGAAAGCGAGCGCCGAAAGAAAGCGACUCGAUCAGAUCCUGACCCGGCUUGAGAAUGCCUACGAAUGGAUUGCAGCUGAGAAGACCGCAUUCGGCCGACAAGGUAGCGUUUACGACUUUGCUAGCGAGAAUAUGGCAAACGUCCGCAAGUCUUGCGCCGAGCUCGAGCAGAAGCAGGAAGGCAUGCGAAAGAAGAUCAACCCAAAGGUGCUGAAUAUGAUCGAUAGCGUCGAGAAGAAGGAGCGCGAAUUGCUCGGGAUGCACAAGCAAGUCUUGCGCGACAAGUCAAAGAUCGAGGAGACAAUUGCCAAGCUGGAUGACUACAAACGGGAUGCGCUCAAGGAGACCUGGACUGUCGUCAAUGCUGCUUUUGGCGAGAUCUUUGGGGAAUUGCUCUCUGGCAACUUCUGCGCUCUCCAGCCGCCAGAAGGCAUGGACAUCACUCAAGGGCUCGAGGUGAAAGUCAGGCUGGGGCAAAUAUGGAAGGCCAGCUUGACCGAGCUGUCGGGUGGCCAGCGCUCGCUCAUUGCUCUGUCACUCAUCAUGUCGCUCCUUCAAUUCAAGCCUGCGCCCAUGUACAUCCUCGAUGAAGUCGACGCUGCGCUUGAUCUGUCGCACACUCAGAAUAUCGGCCAUCUGUUCCGAACGCGCUUCAAAGGCUCGCAGUUCAUCGUCGUCAGUCUCAAAGAAGGUCUGUUCUCGAAUGCGAAUGUGCUCUUCCGGACGCGCUUCAGAGAUGGCACGUCUGUCGUCGAGCGUACCGCCACGCGAACGACAUCGGAGCUCUACGCAGCCGACAAGGAGAACGCCUCUCAGCGUCCCCCGGCUGCAAAGAAGGCGCUAGAGACGGGCGCGCGUGCUGCCAGUGUGACUGUUGCUUGAAUGAUACAAUGUACUCGCGCUCUGCAUGUCGUACAUACGUCUCGGGAUCAUGAAAGGAGCACGCUGAUGGCCAUUGCCACGCAUGCCAUCGCCAGCCAUGGACUGAGUCUCUCGCCUAUCCUCGCAAACUUGAAGAAGAGGCCA